UGCAUUGCGGCGCGUCCCCCGCUCUCCCAUUGGGCGGAGGCCGCCGUUGAUUUGCAUCCCCGCGGGCGCUCAGCCAAUGGCGCGGCGCGCCGGGCGGGCGGGGCCCGCAUGCGCGGCUCCCGGCCCUGAGCGCUGGGCCGGGCUUGGCUGGGCCGGGCUGGGCCGGGCUUGGCCGGGGCUGGGCUGGGCCGGGCUGGGCCGGGCUCCGGGCGCAGGGAAGAAAGGGAGACGCGCAGGGCUGGCUGCUGCUCCCGUUGCUGCCAUUGCGGAGAGCACCGAUCGCCUCCCGCGCCCCCUCCCCCGCUCCCCUUCCCUCGGAUCGCAGUGAUUUGGCCUCGGGGGAUUUAUUUUUGUUCUGGUUGUUGUUGUUUUAUUUUCAUUUUUUUUUUUAAGUGGGUUUUUAAUUUUUUAUUUUUUUAUCUACACGCUGGUGAAGGGAAGGUUGCGGAGCAGUCGCUGCGCGGGAGACAAUAGCGGUGCAGCAGCCGCGCUUCUCUUAAAAUAUCUAUAUAUAUAUAUAUAACAUUAUUGAAUAAAUAUAUCGGGGGUUGUUUUCCCAAGAUGUCUUAUCAGGGGAAGAAAAACAUUCCGCGGAUCACGAGCGAUCGUCUUUUGAUCAAAGGUGGUAAAAUAGUUAAUGACGACCAGUCCUUCUAUGCAGACAUUUACAUGGAGGAUGGGUUGAUAAAGCAAAUAGGGGAGAACCUGAUCGUGCCAGGGGGAGUGAAGACCAUCGAGGCCCACGGCAGGAUGGUGAUUCCUGGAGGGAUCGACGUCCACACCCGCUUCCAGAUGCCAGAGCAGGGAAUGACAUCUGCUGAUGAUUUCUUCCAAGGGACUAAGGCUGCGUUGGCUGGGGGCACCACCAUGAUCAUUGACCACGUGGUUCCUGAGCCUGGGACCAGUUUGCUGACGGCGUUCGACCAGUGGCGAGAGUGGGCAGACAGCAAAUCCUGCUGUGACUACUCCCUGCACGUGGACAUCACUGAGUGGCAUAAAGGUGUCCAGGAGGAGAUGGAAGCUCUGGUUAAAGACCAUGGUGUGAAUUCCUUCUUGGUGUACAUGGCUUUCAAAGAUCGCUUUCAGCUCAGUGAUUCUCAGAUUUACGAGGUCCUCAGUGUGAUCCGGGACAUCGGUGCCACAGCCCAGGUGCACGCUGAGAACGGUGACAUCAUUGCUGAGGAGCAGCAAAGGAUUCUGGAGCUGGGAAUCACAGGCCCUGAAGGGCAUGUGUUGAGCAGACCUGAAGAGGUGGAGGCAGAGGCUGUGAACCGGGCAAUAACCAUUGCCAACCAGACCAACUGCCCCCUGUACAUCACCAAGGUGAUGAGCAAAAGUGCUGCUGAUGUCAUUGCUCAAGCCAGGAAAAAGGGCACCGUGGUGUAUGGAGAGCCCAUUACAGCCAGCCUGGGCACCGAUGGAUCCCAUUACUGGAGCAAGAACUGGGCAAAGGCAGCAGCUUUUGUUACAUCCCCACCACUGAGUCCUGACCCGACCACUCCUGAUUUUCUCAACUCACUACUGUCCUGUGGAGACCUCCAAGUGACCGGCAGUGCCCACUGCACCUUCAACACUGCUCAGAAAGCUGUUGGGAAGGACAACUUCACCCUGAUCCCUGAAGGAACCAAUGGCACUGAGGAGAGGAUGUCCAUCAUCUGGGAUAAGGCUGUGGUGACUGGCAAGAUGGAUGAGAACCAGUUUGUAGCUGUGACCAGCACAAACGCUGCCAAAAUCUUCAACCUGUACCCACGGAAGGGCCGCAUCGCCGUGGGCUCCGACGCUGACCUGGUGAUCUGGGAUCCUGACAGCGUCAAGACAAUCUCUGCCAAGACUCACAACAUAUCUCUGGAGUACAAUAUCUUCGAGGGCAUGGAGUGCCGUGGCUCUCCCCUGGUGGUGAUCAGCCAGGGCAAGAUCGUGCUGGAGGAUGGGAACCUGCACGUCACGGAGGGCUCGGGCAGGUACAUCCCCAGGAAACCCUUCCCUGACUUCGUUUACAAGCGCAUCAAAGCCAGGAGCAGGCUGGCUGAGCUGCGGGGUGUCCCCCGAGGUCUCUACGAUGGCCCCGUCUGCGAGGUGUCGGUGACACCCAAAACUGUCACACCAGCAUCCUCAGCCAAGACCUCUCCUGCCAAACAGCAGGCACCCCCCGUGAGGAACCUGCACCAGUCUGGGUUCAGCUUGUCUGGGGCACAGAUCGAUGACAACAUCCCACGCCGCACGACCCAGCGCAUCGUGGCCCCGCCGGGCGGCCGUGCCAACAUCACCAGCUUGGGCUAA